AUGUCAAAGUUCCACCAAUGCGUACGGCUAUCGCGUUUUGAAGCUGAGCGAACCAUCUCAUUCAUUCCGCCAGAUGGCGAGUUCGAACUGAUGAGUUAUCGUCUCACAACUCAGGUAAAGCCACUCAUUUGGGUCGAGGCUGUUGUUGAAAAGCACACACAUUCUCGAGUCGAGUACAUGGUCAAGGUGGACGUGAAUAUCUGA